AAACCAUGGGCUAAGUCAACCACCCACUCCACUCCACUCCUCCAUAAAUUUAUAGUGGCUUUCUUAAACAUUGGCUGCCUCUUGUGGAGGAGAGAGAGAGAGAGAGCGCUUCAAAUAUCUCUCCGAAUUCUCCACCUCUUAACAUAGAUUUGAUUUCUCUUUUAGUCAAGUUAUGUCAGGGAAGAGACCACGUCCGAUGAUGGGGAAAUUGUCUGAAUUAUUGGUUGCCGGCAAAAAACCCGUAUUUUUGGAUGCUGUUGUUACAAGCCCUAGGAGUCCACUAGAUUUGAAGACACCAUCACCUAGAAGUUCGAAGAGAUAUGAUGUUGGUGGGGUUGGACUAGGGAUUGCUGUUGCACUAGAUAACAAGUGUAGUACCCAUUCCUGCAGGCAUACUAUUUGUAGCUCAAAUGUAAUUGUUGUGAAAUCUGGUGGGAAGAAUUUAGAGAUGGAAAGUUUGGAGGAUUUUACGUAUGUGACUACCCAUGGAUCUGGCAAGUCGUCUACAAAGGUGUAUUAUGAUGGAGGUGAAGAAAGGAGAAAAAGUAACUGUGAAACCCCAGCUCCAGCACCAAGAUUUGUGGAAGAGGUUGCUUACCCAACUUCAGAUUUUCUCAGUUGUUGUCACCUAUGCAGGAAAAAGCUGCAUGGCCAAGACAUUUACAUGUAUAGAGGGGAAAAAGCGUUUUGCAGUUCAGAGUGUAGGUCAACUCAAAUAAUGAUGGAUGAGAGGAAAGAACAGUGCAGAUCAGAAGUUUCAAGAUCUGCAAGAGUCACAACCUCCUCUUAUGAGUCUGGGGAUAUCUUCUUCUCAACUGGGAUUCUUGCAAUUUAGCUUCCAGUCCUCAUAUGGGGGUUCUUCCUGCGUAUGUAAUUAUAUCUAUCGGAGAAAUACCAUAUACCUUUAUGAGGAUUAAGAAUAACUUUAUUAAGAAUAAUAAAAACAGAAAGCUAAAUGAGAAAUAUUGGGUUUGAUAAGAAA